CCACCACUAGGUGGGCAGCUGGGGCUGGGAUUCCUAAUGUGGUGCCAGGCCUGGCACCCCAUGCUCCUUCCGCCCCGGGGUCCCUCCGACCCCUGAGCCCAGGGCUUUCCCCUCCCGGAGGCUCUAGCUCCCAUACUGGGGUCCCUGGCACCGACCCUUCACCGGCGCGACUCCCUCCCCACCUGCUCCGGCUGCAACCCUUGCAGCCAGGCGUCCUGCGGUGGAGCCCGCCCGCCGCACCGAGGUGCCAGCAACUUUGUUGACUAAAUUCCUGAACCCGCCUGAACUGCGGAGCUAAAAAUAACCGGUGCUCCCGCGCAGUGCCCGGCGGAGCUGCGCAGUGUCACCCGUGUCGGGAGGCCGGAAUGUCCCGGCGCCACCUCGCUAGCGGGGCUGGACUCGGGCUCCCAGCUGGCCGGAAAAACCCUGGGAAGGGACUGCAGGGUCACGACCAUCUGGGCAGCUGGGGGACCGAGGCACCGAAGAGCACUCUCUGCUCCCCGAGACUCUGUGGGCGCCCAGUCGCGGACACGAGGCCCAGGAGUCCGCAUGCGACCUAGCAAGCCCCAGGAGGCCCUGGUGAGCCCCAGCCGCACGGAGCCCUCUGCCCGUGCUAUCCCCCGAGACGGCCACCAGAGGGCCCUGUCCCCUCCUCUCACCAGCGGCGGCGGGUCACCACCCCUUCCCACAGCUGUUCCUCACAGGAGAUUGACAGCUGGGCUCGGGGUUGCCAUGGGGAUAGGCAAAUGAGAGCUGCGAGUCUCGGGCUCCUAUUGGCCCGGGGGCGCGCGCCCCUCCCAUAAAGGCGGAACUGAGCGCCCGGCACUAUAAAGGGGAGCGCGCUGCGCGGCGCUCGGCGGUGGAGGCGGGGCUGGCGGUGCGCGGGCGGAGCGCGGGGAACCUGAGCUGCUGGAGGCGGUGGCCCUAAGGCCACCCGCCCGGCCGCCGGCACGGGAAAAGGGGAGCGCGGUUGGCCUGCGUCCGCCAGGGAGCGACCCGGGGCUGGCCGAGAGGGCUGACUGGCGGCAUCCCCAGCGACCGCCCCUGAGUUGGCUGAGUGAAAGUUUUCCCCGCACGCCUCUGCCGGGACACCGCGCCCCCGGCCACCGAACCCGGAGGGACCCGCCGCCUCUGGGAAGCGAAGGGGGGGAGAGGCCCGCGGCUCCCCCCCUCCCGCCUCCCGUCGGGGCGCAGCCGGGCGCGGCGGCGGGGGGCCCCCCCCGGGCGAUGGCCGCGGAGCUGGCGAUGGGUGCCGAGCUGCCCAGCAGCCCGCUGGCCAUCGAGUACGUCAACGACUUCGACCUGAUGAAGUUCGAGGUGAAGAAGGAGCCACCCGAGGCCGAACGCUUCUGCCACCGCCUGCCGCCUGGCUCGCUGUCCUCGACGCCGCUCAGCACGCCCUGCUCCUCCGUGCCCUCUUCGCCCAGCUUCUGCGCGCCCAGCCCGGGCACCGGCGGCGGCGGCGGCGGUGGGGCCGGGGGCGGCGGCGGGGCGGCUCAGGCUGGGGCUGCCCCGGGGCCGGCGAGCGGGGGCCCCGGCGCCGUCGGGGGCGCCUCGGGGAAGCCGGCGCUGGAGGAUCUGUACUGGAUGAGCGGCUACCAGCACCACCUGAACCCCGAGGCGCUCAACCUGACGCCCGAGGACGCGGUGGAGGCGCUCAUCGGCAGCGGCCACCACGGCGCGCACCACGGCGCGCACCACCCAGCGGCCGCCGCGGCCUACGAGGCCUUCCGGGGCCAGGGCUUCGCGGGCGGCGGCGGCGCGGACGACAUGGGGUCCGGCCACCACCACGGCGCGCAUCACGCCACCCACCACCACCACCCGGCCCACCACCACCACCACCACCACCACCACACCGGCGCAGGCCACCACGGCGGCGCGAGCCACGGCGGCGGCAGCGCGGGCCACCACGUGCGCCUGGAGGAGCGCUUCUCCGACGACCAGCUGGUGUCCAUGUCAGUGCGCGAGCUGAACAGGCAGCUCCGCGGCUUCAGUAAGGAGGAGGUCAUCCGGCUGAAGCAGAAGCGGCGCACGCUCAAGAACCGCGGCUACGCGCAGUCGUGUCGCUUCAAGCGGGUGCAGCAGCGGCACAUUCUGGAGAGCGAGAAGUGCCAGCUCCAGAGCCAGGUGGAGCAGCUGAAGCUGGAGGUGGGGCGCCUGGCCAAGGAGCGGGACCUGUACAAGGAGAAAUACGAGAAGCUGGCCGGCAGGGGUGGCCCCGGGGCCGCGGGCGGGGCCGGCUUCCCGCGGGAGGCCUCGCCGCCGCAGGCCGGCUCCGGCGGGGCCAAGGCCGCGCCCGACUUCUUCCUGUGAGCGCGGGACCCCGAGCCCGCGCUGCCGCCGGGAGAGGCUCGCGCAGGCCGCCCAGGGCCUCGGCCCGGACUCCGCGGCCCAGGACGGGGACUCGCGGCGGGGCCGCCGCUGCGCGCGGGCCCUCGCCUUGACGCCACCGCCCCCGGCCCGGCCGGCCGGCCGGCCCGCCCCGCGCGCCGGGCUGCUGCGCCUGCAGGCGCCAGACCCCAGGCCCCUGCUGGCGGCGCGGCCUCCUCGCUCCCGGCUCGCGACCCUUCCCGGGCCGCCGUCCUGACGCUGCCCCGACUCCUCUGCGCGGAGCGCGGCGACGCCCAGGACAGUUGGGCCGGGUCGCAGUCCUUCCUGGCGUCCGCUUGUACAUACGCGGAAGGCGGUUCUGCGCCCGCCCCCGCCCCCGCCGGGACUGCCGGCAGCCCCCGCCGCCCCACGCUCCCUCGUUUCCUUUCUUUGCGGCCCCUUGCCCUGCCCUUUUCUACUCCUUUUUAAAGCAGUCUUAUUUUCGAAGUAUUUAUAUUUAUUUUGCUCGGUGAUUAGAAAAGAAAGUCCCGGAGGACGCUCCCUCCUGUGCCGCCGCGGCCGCCCUCCGACGUCCGGGUGUCCCAGCAUGUGUGGCUCGCUCGGAGCGGCCCGGCCCCUGCCUGCCCUCUUGCCCGCCUGCCCCCCACCCUGCCACCGGCGUCUCUAGAGACUGAGGCCGGAGGGCUUUAUCUCUGCUGUGUUCAGUCCCGCUGCCCUACUGUACUCGAGGGGGGGGGGUGGGGGCUGGCCCGGACUCCCGUGCUGCUAUUUGUCUAUGCACCAGAUUGUAUUUAUGACUCCUGGGGAAAUAUAUCUUAUUUUAACCCUCAAGAGAAGUGAAAGGGAAAAAAAGUAAUGCACAGUAUUUCUAGCAGAAGAAAAAAAGGGUUUUUUUUAAAGAGGAGGUUUCGCCUGAAUCUCCUGGCAUGGGGGCGGGUGGAGAACGUGUUUUUACUUUAAUUUAAAAUGUGUUUCGUUUUGUUUGUGGAUUCUUUUUGAAAAGUCUGAUGGCUUUUUGGAGUAGCCGGGAUAUAGGGUGGGGAGGCCUGUGCUCCCGGCCCUGCGAGCCGCCCAGCCCGGGCUCCAGCGGGUCCUGUGUUCCUUCAGCGCCUGCUCCUGCUGCGCGCGGGAGGUUCACCAACUUGUUGAAAGUUUUGUUGUGUUAUUGGGUCUUGGUGGGUUCUUUUUCAUUUGCUACGAAGCUGAGGAAAGAAGAAAACACAAAAUAAACCCGUUUAGAUCCAAAAGUC